CUCGUACCAACUCAAGUGUGACCGAGAAAAAUGGCGUCCUUCGCUGUGUCGUUGUUGGUCUUCCUGUCUGUGAUUACAGAGUCGUUGUGCUGGCGUUGUGCGUACUACCGGAACCUGUUCGACCAGCAGCCAGAGUACCUGGAGUGUCUGGUGGGAUGCUGUGGAGACUCCUGGAACCGACACUGCUGUAGCGAGGCUGGUUUGAUCAUCGGUUGUUGUCUUGCGGCUGUAUUCAUCGUCAUCAUUACCAUCAUCAUUGCCUGUUGUUUUAUGAAGAAGAAAAGGGCGCGGGAAUCAGCGUAUAUGAGAGCCAGAUACCCAGCAGCUGGGAUGAAUAUCACACAGCCAGGUUACAUGCCCCCUGGUCGCGACAGGAAAUAUUGAAAUCAUCAUGACAUAAGAGACUUGAUUUAAAACAAAGCUAUCAAAGAAUGACACUCGGAAAUUCUGUAAAAGACAAUUCAAACGUGAAGAGGAGAAUUAUUUUUAAAGCAAGGAGAGCUGGUUCCUUCCUGGGUGUUUGUGCUGUUGAGAACAUAUAUCAAUUGUAUAUGUUAGGGAAUGAAUACGCAUGUUAGAAACACAAAUUCAUACAAUUAAUAUCUUAGUCUUGCAAUAGUAUUGGCAAUUGUUUUUAAUCUGUAAAGUUUUUUUUUAAAUUUUAUUUUGUAAAGACUACAUAUCAUACAUUUCGUCUUUACUCGUUCAAUAUAUUGGAAGAAAAAGGCACACCUUAGUCACGAAAAAAAUAUUGUUCUCGUGAAAUUUCUCGAUUUGGGACUAACUGUAACAACUUAAAAAUCAGACUUGGGUGGGAAAUUAUCAUAUAAUAACCAACUUAUACAUGUUCGGCAUGAGUUCCGGGUCGGGUGGAGAAAUUGAACCAAAAACAUUUAACGUGGCCUUAUCAUAAUCAUCUUUUAAUAGAAAUGUCAUUUUAUUUCACGUUUAUCGUUUUUUGCAUGAAUUUUUUACCUAAUCCAUAAGGUUCCAUAUCUCCAUAAUUACUUUAUGACCAAAUCACACAAUUAUGUACCCUACUAUUAGAGCUUCCACGCAGGGAAUCACAUAAGGGUUAAAGUCAGUAGACGUUUUACGUUGCUGUGGAGUUAACCCCUGUGCUGAUGACUUAACCCAAUUAUUCCACCUUUUUCGCGGAGUAUUUGUAAGAGAUUGAAAGUAAAACAUAUGGUCAAGUUUAAUUUCUAGAAACAGUUUGAUUUUUUGUACUGUGCAAAUGCUACACGGAAUUUCAAAUGUUCUCGUAUGCAUAUGCUUAUUACGUUGAUGUGUUGUGAAGGAAUUACGAAGGCAAGCAUACCGGUAUGUACAAGGGCUGACGAUAUUACUCCAUAUCGAAGGCGCAUCUAGUGAGAAAUCUUUGUUUCAAUAAAAGGCACGGGUGGUCCAGUCGUCUAAGAGCAGCAAUUCACUGUGCAGAGUAUCGGCCCUUGGGCACGCCAGGAACCUAUAAUCGUGAGUUCGAAUUGUGUUUCAAGGUUUGUCAGCAUCACACUCGUGCUCGUGGGUCUCACCGAAGUGGUAAACGUCUGAGACCUGCAUCACUUCGGGCUUUCCUCCCACGUUAAGCUGACACGCCGUGAUAUUACUGGAAUAAUGUUAAAAGCGGCGUUAAACCCAACCCACUCACUCACUCACUCAAAACUUUCAAAAGUCUAUCCAGUGAGUUUAGAAAUAGGAUUUCUCAAUUGGAGUUAAAAAAAUCCUAUUCCCCAGUUCCGUCGGAGCAUAUUUUAUAUUUUUAUAGGUACCUAUACUUUGCACUUGUUAAUUGUCAUGACAACCUUAUAGGUAUUGUUAGGUUAUAAUAUGCUAGGCAGAUGAUUCACCAUAUAGGUCUUUGUAAAUACGUGUGUAUAGGCAUUUAAUAUGAUCAUGUGAUUCGCAGACGUAGUUAAUCCCAUUCUUGUGGCAAUGUUGACCAAUUUUUGAUGAUUCGGGUGCGUGAAAUAUUUUCACUUUUGUGCACUUGUUUUACGAUCAAUGUCCUUGCCAUUGUAUAUAGAUUGUAAUAAAACAUAUUUGUAUCUUUUCGUAA